CUCAUAAAACGUACUUCUUUACGGCAAUAUGUUAUUUUGGAAACUUUAUAUCAUUUUAAGUUUUAGCUCUAUUUUGGUUUGGUGUAAUUUUUGUACGCGUCUUACUAAGAGGCCUGUUCGAAAAACGGUUAUGAGAAAUGAUGUUCUUGUUAAUCAGACAAUGUACGAAGCAACAACAGUUAGGGAAUGUUGCCGUGGCUAUCGUUUGAAAAAUGAACAAUGUAUUCCAGUUUGCCGCAAAGGUUGUGCAAAUGGCAACUGUGUGAGACCCAAUCAGUGCGAGUGCAAAAUAGGAUAUAAGUUCUUUAGCGAAUUUUCUCGUAAUCGUUGUGUUCCCGAUUGUGGCAAAUGUGAGCAUGGCUUUUGUAGUGUCCCAGGAAAAUGUAUAUGUAACUUUGGAUUUGAACUUGUGGGAGACACUUGCCAACCUGUGUGUAAUAAUUGUGAGAAUGGCUCUUGUAAAAUACCCGGAGUAUGCGAGUGCAAUAAAGGUUAUGCAAAAUCUAUAGCUUUUACCAAAUGUGAACCAAUAUGUCAGACAAACUGUCCGCAUGGCAGGUGUAUAGCACCAGACCAGUGUGCCUGUAAUGAACGUUAUCAAUUGAAUAAUCUAAAUGUUUGUGAAGCCAUUUGUGAAAAUGGCUGUCAAAAUGGCAAAUGUAUAGCACCAGAUACAUGUAUAUGUAAUACGGGUUAUCAAAAAUCUGUAAAUGGUUCAACAUGUAAACCGAUUUGUGAGUCUGGCUGUAAAAAUGGUAAAUGUAUAAAGCCUGGCCAGUGUGAAUGCGACAGAGGUUAUAGCUUAAAUGCCAACAAUGAGUGUGAACCAGUUUGCAUAGGAGGCUGUUUAAAUGGUAGAUGUGUGGUACCUGAUUUCUGUGAAUGUAAUGCAGGCUAUGAAAUGGACUCUCUACAAAAAUGCCAACCUAUUUGCAAAACUGGUUGUCCCAAUGGCACCUGUAAGUCACCGGAUCAAUGUGAAUGUAAUCAGGGUUUUGAAAUGGAUAAGGAAAACAUAUGUCAACCUAUUUGUAAGACUGGUUGCCCAAAUGGCACUUGUAAAGCUUCUGGAUUAUGUGAAUGUAAUGAGGGCUAUAAAAUGAACUUGCAGGGAAAUUGUGAACCUGUUUGUGAGCAAGGUUGUUUAAAUGGUCACUGUAUUAAACCAAAUACUUGUGAAUGUUUGAAGGGUUUUCAGCAAUUAACAGCUGCUGCAUGUGAGCCUAUUUGCCAUACAGGCUGUCCUAAUGGCAAGUGUAUUGCACCCGAAACAUGUCAAUGUAAUGAGGGCUAUAACAUGUCCAGCUUUAAUAAAUGCGAGCCAAUUUGUUCACAAGGCUGUUCAAAUGGUCAAUGUACAGCCCCUGAGUUUUGCACUUGUGAUUCUGGCUACUCCAAGGCCACACCCAGUACUUGUCAGCCAGUAUGUGAAUUGGGUUGCCUAAAUGGCCGUUGCAUGGCUCCAAAUAGCUGUGAGUGCGAUAAAGGCUAUAGAAUGAUGAAUGAUACCAACCAAUGUAAACCAAUUUGCAGCCAAGGUUGUGCAAAUAGUUUUUGCAUAGCUCCCGAUACCUGUGAGUGUAAUUUUGGUUUUAAAACAAUUUCCAAAAAACAUUGUCAACCCAUUUGUGAAUCUGGUUGCCCGAAUGGUCAUUGCAUUUCACCCGAAAUUUGUGAGUGUAAUAAGGGUUAUGAAAUGAACUCAGAGAAUGAAUGUGAACCGAUAUGUGGCUCUGGGUGUCCGAAAGGAAAAUGUAUUGCUCCAGAAACCUGCGAAUGCUAUCAGGGAUAUCAAAUGAAUAGUGAAAAUAUGUGUGAGCCAAUUUGUCAAGAUGGCUGUCUCAAUGGCCAGUGUGUGGCACCAGAUACCUGUGAAUGUUUCAAGGGCUAUAGCAAAUCGUUAUCCAACUCUUGUUUUGCAGUUUGUGAAACAGGUUGUACGAAUGGAAAAUGUAUUUCGCCCGGCAUCUGUGAAUGUGAUCAGGGAUACACAAUGCAGGCAGAUAAUCAAUGUGAAGCGGUUUGCUCCAAAGACUGUGAGAAUGUUAAAUAUGUGGCUCCGGAAACCUGUGAAUGUCAUCAGGGAUAUCAAAUGAAUGGUGAAAAUAAAUGUAAAGCAAUAUGUUCAGCAGGCUGCGACAAUGGUCAGUGUGUCUCCCCUGAAACUUGUGAAUGCUAUCAGAAAUACCAAAUGAAUGGCGAAAAUAAAUGUCAACCUGUUUCCCGAAAAUUGGUAGUGGUUUCCUCAGGAUGUCAUAAUAUAAAUUUUAGUUUUGCAAUUUAUAUAGAAUAUUUUAGAUUGUCCGAAUCAGAGACAGUACGUGUUUGUUGCCGUGGCUAUCGCAUGAAAAAUAAAGUAUGUACACCAAUUUGCCCUAAGGGUUGUGAAAACGGCAACUGUGUAAAACCCAAUCAGUGCGAGUGCAAAAUAGGAUAUAAGUUUUUUAGCGAAAAUACUACUAAUCGCUGUGUUCCCAAAUGUGGCAAAUGUGAGAAUGGCUUUUGUAGCGGACCAGGCAACUGUACCUGUAAUAGUGGUUUUGAACUUGUAGGCGCUACUUGCCAACUUGUGUGUAAUAACUGUGAGCAUGGCUCUUGUAAAAUUCCUGGAAAAUGCGAGUGCAAUACAGGUUAUAGAAAUUCUACAAUUUUUAACAAAUGUGAACCAAUAUGCCAAAAUAACUGUGUCAAUGGCAGAUGCAUAGCACCAAAUCAGUGCGCCUGUAAUAAGGGUUAUAAAAUGAAUGAAUCGAAUGCUUGUGAACCCAUUUGUAAAGUACCUGAUAAAUGUGAGUGUGAUAAGGGUUAUGAAAAAUCAGGAAAUAAUUUAAGCUGUACAUCGAUUUGUGAGCCGGGCUGUGAAAAUGGCAAAUGUAUAGCACCCAAUACUUGUGACUGUGAUAAGGGUUAUGAAAUGAACUCGGAACAAAAGUGUCAGCCGAUUUGCAAAACAGGUUGCCCCAAUGGUAAAUGCGUAGCUCCAGGAGUGUGCAAAUGUAAUGACCAGUAUGAAAUGACUGAUGGUGAUGACUGUGAACCGAUUUGUAAAAAUGGCUGUCCUAAUGGUCAGUGUAUAGAACCAGAUAAAUGUGUAUGUUUAGAGGGUUAUAAAAAGCUAUUGGCAAAUUCUUGUUUGCCAGUUUGUGAAACUGGAUGUCCGAAUGGUAAAUGUGUGGCUCCUGAGAUCUGUGAAUGUAAUCAUGGUUAUGCUAUAUUUGAUAAUAAAUGCGAACCUAUUUGCCUAGAAGAGUGCAUAAAUGCUGUGUGUAGUGCUCCUAAUAAAUGUGAAUGUAAACCUGGUUAUUUUAAAACAUCCAACAGUUCAUGCUCAGCCAUUUGUGAUCGUGGAUGUGUGAAUGGAGUGUGUGUGGCACCCAAUUAUUGCAAAUGCGCCACAGGAUAUUACAAUACUUCCAGGAACCAGAUAACUGUUUGUGAAAAGAUAAAUCCCGAUAAGAGACAGCAAAAAUGUUUUCACAACUGCCUCAAUGGUGUCUGCAUAGAUGGGCUAUGCUCUUGUCCAAACAAUUACCUCCUAAGAAGAUUUAAUUCAACAGAUGUUUGUCUACCAAAAUGCCUUCAACAUAAGGAUUGUUUUAAUGGCUUGUGCUCCUCUGAUGGUGUGUGCAGAAAGCAGACUUCUAUCAGUUUAAAAACUGGUCGAAUUUGGAAAUCUUUGUUAAUAUGGCUCAUCAUAGUCCCCUUAGUCAUAUUCAUAUUGGUGAUCGGUGUAUUGGCGAUCAUGUAUUGGAGGACAGGCAGAUAUUCUUGCAGCUUGCGUGGCAUAAGCUAUCGUUGGAAAAAUAAAAAAUGUAUACCCUCUUGCCCGAAAGGUUGUGAAAACGGUUUCUGUGUAAAACCCAAUCAGUGCGAGUGUAAAACAGGAUAUAAGUUUUUUAGUGAAUUUGCUCGUAACCGUUGUGUUCCCGAUUGUGGCAAAUGUGAGCAUGGAUUUUGUAGUGGCCCUGGAAAAUGUAACUGUAACUCUGGUUUUGAACUUGUGGGAGACUCUUGCCAACUUGUGUGUAAUAAUUGUGAGAAUGGCUCUUGUAAAGUACCCGGCAAAUGCGAGUGCAAUAUAGGCUAUGCAAAAUCCAUAGCUUUUACCAAAUGUGAACCAAUAUGUCAGACAAACUGUCCGAAUGGCAGGUGUAUAGCACCAGACCAGUGUGCCUGUAAUGAAGGUUAUCAAUUGAAUAAUCUAAAUGUUUGUGAAGCCAUUUGUGAAAAUGGCUGUCAAAAUGGCAAAUGUAUAGCACCAGAUACAUGUUUAUGUAAUACGGGUUAUGAAAAAUCUGUAAAAGGUUCAACAUGUAAGCCGAUUUGUGAGUCCGGCUGUAAAAAUGGUAAAUGUAUAAAGCCUGGCCAGUGUGAAUGUGACAGAGGUUAUAGCUUAAAUGCCAACAAUGAGUGUGAACCGGUUUGCAUAGGAGGCUGUUUGAAUGGUAGAUGUGCGGCACCUGAUUUCUGUGAAUGCAAAGAGGGCUUUACAGUACUAACACCCCAAUCCUGUAAACCGAUCUGUAAGUCUGGUUGUCCAAAUGGUAGCUGUAUAGCACCGGAAACUUGUAAAUGUAAUGCAGGCUAUGAAAUAGACUCUCUACAAAAAUGCCAACCUAUUUGCAAAACUGGUUGUCCCAAUGGCACCUGUAAGUCACCAGAUCAAUGUGAAUGUAAUCUAGGGUUUGAAAUGGAUAAGGAAAACAUAUGUCAACCUAUUUGUAAGACUGGUUGCCCAAAUGGCACUUGUAAAGCUCCUGGUUUAUGUGACUGUAAUGAGGGCUAUAAAAUUAACUUGCAGGGAAAUUGUGAACCUGUUUGUGAGCAAGAUUGCUUAAAUGGCCACUGUAUUAAACCAAAUACUUGUGAAUGUUUGCAGGGUUUUCAACAAUUAACAGCUGCUGACUGUGAGCCUAUUUGCCAUACAGGCUGUCCUAAUGGGAAGUGUAUUGCACCCGAAACAUGUGAAUGUAAUGAGGGCUAUAACAUGUCCAGCUCUAACAAAUGCGAGCCAAUUUGUUCACAAGGCUGCUCAAAUGGUCAAUGUACAGCUCCUGAGUUUUGCACUUGUGAUUCUGGCUACUCCAAGGCCACACCCAGUACUUGUCAGCCAGUAUGUGAAUUGGGUUGCCCAAAUGGCCGUUGUAUGGCUCCAAAUAGCUGUGAGUGCGAUAAAGGCUAUCAAAUGAUGAAUGACACUAACCAAUGUGAAGCAAUUUGCAGUCAAGGUUGUGAAAAUAGUCUUUGCAUAGCUCCCGAUACCUGUGAAUGUAAUUUUGGUUAUAAAGCAAUUUCCAAAAACCAUUGUGAACCCAUUUGUAAAUCUGGUUGCCCGAAUGGUCAUUGCAUUUCACCCGAAAAUUGUGAUUGUGAUAAGGGUUAUGAGAUGAACUCACAGAAUGAAUGUGAACCGAUAUGUAGCUCUGGCUGUCCGAAAGGUAAAUGUGUUGCUCCGGAAACCUGCGAAUGCGAUCCGGGAUACCAAUUGAAUGGUGAAAAUAUGUGUGAACCAAUUUGCCAAUUAGACUGUCUCAAUGGCAAGUGCGUGGCACCAGAUACCUGUGAAUGUUUCAAGGGCUAUAGUAAGUCGUCACCAUACUCCUGUUUGCCAGUUUGUGAAACAGGUUGUCCGAAUGGAAAAUGUGUUAUGCCAGACGUCUGUGAAUGUGAUCAGGGAUAUACAAUGCAGGCAGAUAACCAAUGUGAACCGUUUUGCUCCAAAGCAUGUGAGAAUGGUAAAUGUGUGGCUCCGGAAUCCUGUGAAUGCGAUCAGGGAUAUCAAUUGAAUGCUGAAAAUAUAUGUGAACCAAUUUGUCAAGAAGGCUGUCUAAAUGGCCGGUGUGUGGCGCCAGAUACUUGUGAAUGUUUCAAGGGCUAUAGCAAGUCGUCACCCUACUCCUGUUUGCCAGUUUGUGAAACAGGUUGUUCGAAUGGAAAAUGUGUUAUGCCAGACGUCUGUGAAUGUGAUCAGGGAUACACAAUGCAGGCAGAUAACCAAUGUGAACCGUUUUGCUCCAAAGCAUGUGAGAAUGGUAAAUGUAUUGCUCCGGAAACCUGCGAAUGCGAUCAGGGAUAUCAAUUGAAUGGUGAAAAUAUGUGUGAGCCAAUUUGUCAAGAAGGCUGUCUCAAUGGCCAGUGUCUGGCACCAGAUACCUGUGAAUGUUUCAAGGGCUAUAGCAAGUCGUCACCUUACUCCUGUUUGCCAGUUUGUGAAACAGGUUGUCCGAAUGGAAAAUGUGUUAUGCCAGACGUCUGUGAAUGUGAUCAGGGAUACACAAUGAAUGCAGGUAACCAAUGCGAACCGGUUUGCUCCAAAGCCUGUGAGAAUGGUCAAUGUGUGGCCCCAGAAUUUUGUGAAUGCCAUCAGGGAUAUCAAAUGAGUGGUGAAAGUAAAUGUGAAGCAAUAUGUUCAGCAGGGUGCGACAAUGGUUGGUGUAUAUCCCCUGAAAUUUGUGAAUGCUAUCAGGGAUACCAAAUGAAUGUAGAAAAUAAAUGUGAACCUGUUUGUCCAGAAGGCUGUGAGAAUGGCAAAUGUGUGGCACCCAAUACCUGUCAGUGCAGCAUUGGUUACGAAACUAUAACAUCCAAGCUUUGUGAACCCAUCUGUGAGCCAGACUGCAGAAAUGGCGAUUGUGUGGCACCGGGUGUAUGCGAAUGCCACGAAGGCUACCAACUAUCAUCCUUAGAUCAGUGUGAGCCUAUUUGUGAAGAAGGCUGUCGCAAUGGUUACUGUAUUGCUCCCAAUAAAUGUAAAUGUGAUGACGGUUAUGGUCCCACACUGCCGAAUAAAUGUGAACCUAUUUGCGAGUUGGAGUGUGUAAAUGGCCUGUGCAUAGCUCCGAAUAAAUGUGCUUGCAACGAGGGUUACCAAGCACUGACUCCAAAUGUUUGUGAACCCAUUUGUGAACAAGGAUGUCUUAAUGGUUAUUGCAUUGAACCCAACACCUGUGUGUGUGAAAAUGGUUUUACCAAAGUCUCUGACAGUUAUUGUGAAGCAAUUUGUGAAUUCGGUUGUACCAAUGGUACUUGUGUCAGACCCGGAAUUUGUGAAUGUAAUCCCGGCUUUGCUCUAGACAACACAAAACAAUGUCAACCUAUAUGCUCUGAAGCAUGUAUCAAUGGAUUUUGUAUAGCACCCGAUAAAUGCUCUUGUUUAAAUGGUUAUGAAAUGAAUAGUGAUAAUACAUGUAAGCCCAUAUGUUUUGGAGGCUGUCUGAAUGGGGAAUGUAUAAGCCCAAAUAACUGCAAUUGUCAGCCUGGCUACACCAAUACUUCACUUAAUAUCUGUGAGCCAUUAUGUGAGACCGGAUGUUCUAAUGGUGUUUGCAUAUCGCCCGGAAAUUGUAAAUGCAAUGAAGGCUAUCAUCUCAAUUCUACAAAUCAUUGCCAGCCUAUGUGUCUACCAGAAUGUCUGAAUGGCAAUUGCAUAGCUCCCGAUACUUGUGAUUGCUACGAAGGUUACUUUAAGAUAACCGAUUCAACUUGCCAGCCUUUAUGUGAAACUGACUGUCCAAAUGGUAGUUGCAUUGCACCCGAUAUUUGUGCAUGCAAUGAAGGCUUUCAACUAAAUGCAGCAAAUGAAUGCGAACCCAUAUGUGACUCUGGUUGUGCUAAUGGUCAGUGUUUAGAACCGAAUAUCUGUGAUUGUAAUGAAGGAUUUGCUAAGAACUCUGAUGAACAAUGUGAACCAAUAUGUAAAUCAAACUGUAUAAAUGGCCAUUGUGUAGCUCCAGAUAUCUGCGAAUGUAACACAGGUUACUCCAAAAUCUCUACAAAUAUCUGUGAACCUUUGUGUGAGCCAAAUUGUUUGAAUGCCUUAUGUGUGGCUCCUGGUAGAUGCCAGUGUCUCGAGGGAUUUCAACAGAUUACCCCAAAUACUUGUGAAGCUGUCUGCAAAACGGAUUGUAGAAAUGGCAAAUGUUCCAACCAAACAGGUGUUUGUCUAUGUGACCCCGGUUACCAGCUAAAUGAUGCAAAUAUCUGUGAUCCCAUUUGUGCACCAACAUGUAUCAAUGGCCAUUGCUCAACACCUGGGAAUUGCGAAUGUGAAACGGGAUAUAACAAGACUGGCUCAGGAACAUGUGAGCCCCUAUGUGAACAAAAUUGCGAAAAUGCUGAUUGUAUAGCACCAGAUGUAUGCCAAUGUAAAGAAGGUUAUCAAAUAGUGACUGCAACUAAAUGUGAGGCGAUUUGCGAUGCUCCAUGUGAAAAUGGCACAUGCACUAAACCCAACAUAUGCUCCUGUAAUGAAGGUUAUGAAAAAAAUGCCGAUAAUAAAUGUUCUCCCAUCUGCCAGCCAGAGUGUUUAGAUGGCCACUGUAUAGCUCCCAACCUUUGUGGCUGUCAAAAAGGAUUUCAACUGAACAACGAAAAUGUCUGUCAACAAAUGCAUGCUAGCUAUAAUGUUGCAAACCGCGCAGAUGUCAGACAACAGAAAUGCUUACAGACCUGUAUAAAUGGUGACUGUUUGGAUGGAGAGUGCACUUGUGCCACCAAUUAUCACCUAAGAAAUUUUCGCUUUAAUGACAUAUGUCUGCCAAAGUGUCAACAAGAUGAGGAUUGCUUCAAUGGUGUAUGUUCGACAUCUGGUUUGUGUAAGUGCAUGGAGGGUUUCGAGUUUUCCGACACCACAUUCCAAUGUGAGAAACUUGUUCUACUGAGUGGAAAUUAUUCCGGAAUUUCGAAUCCGAUUUUGAAAUGGUUCUUCAUAUUCGCAUUGAUCUCAUUUUUAUUGGCGUUGAAGAUAUUGGUGGUCAUGUUUUGUCUGACAAGGAAGGUGUCCUAUAAUGUGGAUAAGAAGGAAAACGAUUUUGGCUUGAUUAGACUUUCGCAAAAAGCCGACAUAAUACGUGAGCCCAACACCAUUGAUGUGUGAUUCAAAUAUAAUAAGUUUUAUUAUUUAAAUUAUUUACAUAUUAUUUUUUAUUGUACAUACGUUUGUAAAUUAAACAAAAUAUAUUAUUUCGUUAUUAUUUAAUAAACCAUUAUUUGACCACGAUCUAGAAAAUGUUCUCGAUAGAAGUCAGGAGACACUAAAACAAUUAAAUAAAAUAAUUUUUGUUAAAUAAAA